CCGGUGCGGCGGCGGCGGCGGCGGGGGGUGAGUGGGUGCAGGGCAGCCAUGACGGCGCACAGCUUCGCGCUGCCCAUCGUCCUCUUCUCCGCCUUCUGGGGCCUGGUGGGGGUCGCCGCCCCCUGGUUCGUGCCCAAGGGGCCCAACCGCGGGGUGAUCAUCACGAUGCUGGUCACCACCGCCGUGUGCUGCUACCUCUUCUGGCUCAUCGCCAUCCUGGCCCAGGCCAACCCCCUCUUCGGGCCGCAGCUGAAGAACGAGACCAUCUGGUAUGUGCGGUUCCUCUGGGAGUGAGCAGCCCCCGGAGCCUGAGGAGAGACCCCCCCGACCCGUCACCCUCCUGCUGCUGUUCCAGCCUCUAACCCUCCCGUACCAGGCAGCCCCCAGAGGUGCUGGGACAGAGGCUGGCCCCGCUGCCCCAGCACACCCCGAGCACUGCAACCUGGAGCCGUGAUGGCCGGGCCCCCGAGCACGGCAGGCAGUAGCCCUGCCUGGGACGAGGGUCUGGUAAUCCCAGCCCUAGGAGCAGCCAUGCUGCCAGGGGGACAUCCCCUCAGCUGGCCAGGGGCUGCAGUCGCUGGCAGUGAGCACUGUCCUGAGAGAGAUCUGUGUGUAGUGCCAGCGGGUCCUGUCCCUGCAGUGCUCCCCCUGCUCCCUCCCGUGCACUUGAGCCCCAGCCCCCCCGAGCAAAACCUCUGCUUGUAGCCCAAGCUGCCCAACUAAUUACUGAGUCCCUGGUCAUUUCGGGCACUGGCUGUUCCUCUGCAUGAGAAGGCAGGAGCCCCUGGCAUCCUCAGCCCCCUGCGGUGAGGGUGGUCCUUGCUGAGACAGAUUCUGGCUGUGAAUGUGAGAAGGGAGGGCUGACCCUGGAAGGAGCACACAGCCCCACCGUGGGUGUGAUGAGGGGGGUGCUGGGGUACAGGGCAGGGGGUUCUGCCACUUGGCAGCCUGCUGGAGGGGGCUGAAGUGGUGCUGUGUCUCCCACCUCAGCAGUGAGGGUGCUGCAGUCGUGUCUGUACCACUCCUAUCCCUGUCCAUGUUCUGAGAAGAACUGAGUAGGGCAUUGUGUUUUAGGUUUCCCCGUAUUUAUCAGAUAAUUUAUUUGUAUUUAUUUAUUUGUCUGUGUUUGUUGAAUUUGUGUGGUGGAAAUAAAUCCUUUUUCUAGUAAGUGAUGCUGGAGGCAGAGUCACUUGCUGCUGUGA